AUGGCGUCCUCCAACUCUUCCAUCCUCAGCUGGAGAGGCGGCGAGGGCGCGCCGGGGACCGUGAGCGCGGCCGUGCGCGAGCACCUGCGGCAGCUGUGUCUGAGCGAGUUCCCGUGUGGCACGGGCAGCUGGAAUAAGUCUCGCUUUCUUCCUAAAACCUGGCAUACCUGGAGGGAGCUGGUCCCCACGGAGGAGGAGGCAGUGAGCCCAGAGGAGGAGACCGUGGAGACCUUGCUGGGCCUGGUGCGCAGCCCACAAUCACCAUGGGCCCACGGGGCUCAGCUGGGGUACUCCUCGGUGGAGGACCGCUUCCUGAGAGAGAUGGCUAUCCACAGCCCGCUGAAGCUCAAAGACACCUUCUUCUACUCCUACUUCCGGUCCCUGAGGGUGGUGGACAAGCAGAUAAGCCUGGUGGAUAAAGACCUCCUGAAGUUUCUAAAGCUUGAGGAGCUGAUAUUGAGUGCCAAUGAAAUCAAUGAAGUCGAUGCCUCGAAUCUGCCCCCGACACUCAAGGUACUGGAGCUCUAUGGCAACUCCAUCAGCAGCAUGGCAUGCCUGUGCACGCACCCCCCACCCAGACUGCAGCACCUGGGGCUCGGCCACAACAAGCUCCUGGGCCCCAUGGAAAGUCUCUUCGUCACCUCUAAACACUGGCCCAACCUCAUCUCCCUGGACCUGGGCUUCAACGACCUGACAGACCUGCAAAGCAUGGUGGCCAGCCUCUCCACCCUCCGGAACCUGCGGCUGCUGGUACUGCAGGGAAACCCUCUGGCCCUGGUGCCCUACUACCGCGGCCUCACCGUGGACAGCCUGGCCCGCCUCUGUGUGCUGGAUGACAUCAUCGUGUCCCCCAACGAGAAGCACCAGUUCCGGGGGCUCAGCCGCAGUGCUGAUCUCUUGGCACGUGAAGCACAGUUUGUGGUGACCAUUGGGAGUGUCAGGGGUGUGGUGGACUCCUCCAUCUUAGACCCUGAGCCGGGCCCCGAGGGCCCGUUCAUCACCUACAACUACUAUGUGACUUACGACUUUGUGGAGGACGAGGAGGGCGAGGAGAAAGCGUAUGACGGGGUGCUGGCCCAGGUGUGGCCCGGCUACCCCAGGAGCGGGCUGGGCCUGGGCUGUAUCGUCAAGCCCUCUCCCAGCCCAGAGCCGCAGGAAGAAGAGAGCCUAGAGCAGUCCUCUGAAGAGGCCAGCAAGGAGGAGGAGAUCCCCAGAAAGCCCAUCAGGGAGGUAGAAAAGAAGGCCAGCAAGGAGGUCUCUAAGGUGGCCAGCAGGGAGGUCCCUGUGACAAGUACGCAGCCAGUGGAUUUGAUCCCUGAUGAAGCGGCUGAUGAAUCCGUGGAGUCUGGGGCUACCGAGAUGGUCCCGUCUGAAUCUUCUGGCCUCACAGUCCACUCAGCCCCACUGCCACAGUCCACGGAAUCUGCAGAAGAGCUGGCGAAGCUCCGGCCACGGAUUGACCCCCGUCUCUGCCCCUCUCCAGGGACAGUCCUGUUCAGCACGGUCCCCAAGCCCUGGGCUGACAUCAUCCCCUGCGGGUAUGAGAUGCAGCACACGCUUAGGGACCUGGUGCACGUCAAGGCCUUCCUGCUGGCGGGGACCACAGUGACCAUCGUGGAGGAGAAGAUUCUCUCCUGGCCCCUGGUGUCGCCUGGGGACAGCCCCGUGCCUGCCAAGAAGGGCAAAGGGGAGGAUGGCAAGAAAAAGGACAAAGACAAGAAAGGGAAAGUGGAGGAGGCCCCCCAGGAGAAGGCCCCUAAGAAGAAGAAGGAGCAGCCCAAGGAGCUGCGGCAAGAUCCACCCAUCCUGAAGGUGCUGGGCCAUGGCAUGCUGGUGCUGGAGCCCCUGCUCAUGGGCGAGCCGCUGGUGUCCACCGUGUGCAACUUCGGUGUGGUCCGCAGCCUGGAGAUCGACAGGCUGAUAUUUGCCAGGGAUUCAAAGAAGACCAAGAAACCUAAAGCUGGUAAUAAAGAAAAGACCAAGGCAGCGGCCCCGAGCUACGAGGCCAUGUACCGGCCGCAGCCCCUGACCGUGGAGGUGCAGAUCCAGCUGAGCCAGUACCGCACGGCCGAGGAGGCGUUCCGCACCCUGGCGGACUAGGCGGGGCCAGUAAAGGCGUUCUGAGCACUCCGGCCUGGGCGCCUGCCUGCCCGCGCGGG